GGGGGGGGCUCGGGGGGGCAGGGACCCGCACCCCGCGGUCCGGUGGAUGUUUCUUCUCUUUUCACACUUUUAGCUUCAACUGUAAACCGAGUCAGAACCAGACCUGUUGUCGGUGGCUCGAAGGCCACAGCGGCCAAGUGGAUCGGUCCGGCUCUGAACAUCUCUGGCCCCGGAGGAACUGGAGUCCGGACCCGGUGAAUCACUAUGACUACAGCCCGGUGUCCGGUGUCCGGUGGAGACAGUGAACGCACAGAAACCGACAGUGUUGAAGGAAGGAAACCUGAUGAAACAAACCAACUCGUUCCAGCGUUGGAAGAGACGAUACUUCAAACUCCGGGGGCGGACGCUGUACUACGCCCAGACGUCCAAGUCGAUCAUCUUCGAUGAAGUGGAUCUGACUGACGCCAGCGUCGCCGAGUCCAGCACCAAGAACUUCAACAACAGCUUCACGGUCAUCACUCCCUGCAGACGUCUCGUCCUCUGCGCAGACAACAGGAAGGAGAUGGAGGAGUGGAUGGCCGCUCUGCGCAGCGUCCAGAACAGACAAAACUAUGAGUCCACCCAGUACAGUAUGGAUCACUUCAGUGGGAUGCACAACUGGUACGCCUGCUCUCACGCCCGACCAACUUACUGUAACGUCUGUAGAGAGGCUCUGUCAGGAGUGACAUCACACGGCCUGUCCUGUGAAGUGUGUAAGUUUAAGGCCCAUAAACGUUGUGCAGUCAGAGCCACUAACAACUGUAAGUGGACGACUCUGGCUUCUAUUGGGAAAGACAUCAUUGAGGACGAGGACGGGGUGUCAAUGCCUCAUCAGUGGUUGGAGGGGAACCUUCCGGUCUCCGCUAAAUGUAACGCCUGUGAUAAGACGUGUGGCAGUGUCCUGCGUCUGCAGGACUGGAGGUGUCUGUGGUGCAAGGCCAUGGUGCACUCAGGCUGUAAGGAGCAGUUGUCCUCUAAGUGUCCUCUGGGUCAGUGUAAAGUGUCCGUCAUCCCUCCGACUGCACUCAACAGCAUCGACUCAGACGGGUUCUGGAAGGCGUCCUGUCCUCCAUCCUGCACCAGUCCUCUGCUGGUGUUUGUCAACUCAAAGAGUGGAGACAAUCAGGGUGUCAAGUUCCUGCGACGCUUCAAACAGCUGCUGAACCCGGCACAGGUGUUCGACCUGAUGAACGGAGGACCACACCUGGGGCUGCGUCUGUUCCAGAAGUUUGACACGUUCAGGAUCCUGGUGUGUGGAGGAGAUGGCAGCGUUGGCUGGGUUCUGUCAGAGAUCGACGCCUUGACGCUGCACAAGCAGUGUCAGCUAGGGGUCCUUCCUCUGGGGACCGGGAACGAUCUGGCCCGGGUCCUCGGUUGGGGUUCAGCCUGUGACGACGACGCUCAGCUGCCUCAGAUCCUAGAGAAACUGGAGAGAGCCAGUACCAAGAUGUUAGACAGAUGGAGCAUCAUGGUCUACGAGACCAAGUUUCCACGGCAACACUCUUCCUCCACCGUCACAGAGGACUGCAGCGACGACUCUGAGGUUCAGCAGAUCCUCACGUACGAGGACUCAGUGGCUGCUCACCUGUCCAAGAUCCUGACCUCAGACCAGCACUCUGUCGUCAUCUCCUCCGCCAAGGUUCUAUGUGAGACGGUGAAGGACUUCGUUGCUCGUGUUGGUAAAGCUUACGAGAAGAACACGGAGAGUUCGGAGGAGUCGGAGGCCAUGGCCAAGAAGUGUGGCGUCCUGAAGGAGAAACUCGACUCUCUGUUGAAGACUCUGAAUGAAGAGUCUCAGGCCUCCACCGUCCUCCCCACGGCUCCUCCCCCCACCAUCGCUGAGGAGCAGGAGGAGGUCGAGGGGGUUUUAUCAGCUCCUCCUCCUGUCAGCUCCGCCCCCUGCUCUCCACGCACCAACACAUCGCCGUCCUCUUCGUCUGCAGCUGCCGCCAUCUUUAAACCCAGAGAGCAGCUGAUGCUGCGAGCCAACAGUCUGAAGAAAGCCAUCCGACAGAUCAUCGAGCACACAGAGAAAGCUGUGGACGAGCAGAACGUCCAGACGCUCUUCUCUCUGAGUCGAGCUGAGGAAGAGGAGGGUCUGGUGGAGGAGGAAGAGGAGGAGGAGGAGCUAGAAGAGGACAAGACGUCUCUGCAGUCGUCCUACAGCGUCAAACAUCGCAACACAAGCAGAGUCAGUAAGACACCCUGUGAGAAGCUGAUCAGUAAAGGAAGUCUGUCACUGGGCAGCUCUGUGUCACUUGUCCACACAGAAAGUAGGGAGAACAUGCCCAUGCUCAACACGAAGAUCUUGUAUCCAGGGCUCAGAGCCGGUCUCUCAGGUUCUCUGUCCAGCAGCUCUGUGAUCAGUCAUCUGUUGGUGAACGCCGACCCGUUCAGCUGUGACCCCGACAACAUGGACUGCUACACUGAGAAGUGUGUGAUGAAUAACUACUUUGGAAUCGGACUUGAUGCUAAAAUUUCUCUGGACUUUAACAACAAGAGAGACGAACAUCCAGAGAAGUGCAGGAGUCGGACUAAGAACAUGAUGUGGUACGGAGUUCUGGGAACCAAAGAGCUGCUGCACAGAACCUACAAGAAUCUGGAACAGAGAGUUCUACUGGAGUGUGAUGGCCGUCCCAUCCCUCUCCCAAGUCUUCAGGGUAUCGCCGUGUUGAACAUCCCAAGUUAUGCAGGAGGAACCAACUUCUGGGGAGGAACUAAAGAGGACGACACGUUCACUGCUCCGUCCUUUGACGAUAAGAUUCUGGAGGUGGUGGCCGUGUUCGGCAGCAUGCAGAUGGCCGUGUCCCGGGUCAUUAACCUGCAGCACCACCGCAUCGCACAGUGUCGGACAGUGAAGAUCACCGUCCUGGGGGACGAGGGCGUCCCGGUCCAGGUGGAUGGAGAGGCGUGGGUCCAGCCUCCAGGUUACAUCAGGAUCAUCCAUAAGAACCGGACCCAGACUCUGACCAGGGACCGGGCGUUCGAGAGCACCCUCAAGUCGUGGGAGGACAAACAGAAGUGUGAGUUUCCCCGGACUCCGCCCCCUCAGCCCCCCCUCUCCUCCCACCCAGAGAUGGUCUCUGAGGAAGACGCGUCACUCGUCAGCGAGUUCGGUCAGGCAGCGGGAGCGCUCAUCCACAGUAUUCGUGAGGUCGCACAGUCUCACCACAGUCUGGAACAGGAACUGGCUCACGCUGUCAACGCCAGCUCAAAGGCCAUGGACGUGGUCUACGCCAACUCCAAGGGCUCCGGGGCUCUCGGCUGCAGCGUGGUGCUUCACAUGGUCGGUAACGUCAAAGCUUUACUCAGUGAGACUGAACUGCUGCUGGCUGGAAAGAUGUCCAUGCUGUUGGAUCCUCCUCAGCAGGAGCAGUUGAACGCUGCUCUGACCUCCGUGUCCCAGCAGCUCCGUCGUCUGGCGGACGUUCCCUGGUUGUGUCCCGUCGUCGACCCGUCGGACCACGAGGGUCCUCUGACUGACUUCUCCAAGCGCGGUCGCGGCGCCAAGUUCCGUCUUGUUCCGAAGUUCAAGAAAGACAAAAACAACAAGAACAAGGAGACGUGUGCUACUCUCUCACUGCCAGUUCACCAGUGGGGGACGGAUGAGGUGGGGGCGUGGCUAGACUUCCUCUGUCUCACUGAGUAUAAAGACAUCUUUAUCGGACACGACGUCCGUGGGGCCGAGCUCAUGCACCUGGAGAGGAGAGACCUGAAGGACCUCGGCGUGACAAAGGUGGGGCAUAUGAAGAGGAUCCUUCAGGGCAUCAGAGAACUGAACAGAAACAGCAGCGCCAGCGAGGCCUGACAGCUGCAGGGGGUCACUGUCUGCUGCUCCCCACCUGAUCUGACCUCUGACCCUGAACCAGGCUCAUGACUCCAUUAAUGAAGACCCACUCUGAUUGGACCAGGACCAGGAGUCAAGUUCUCAAAAAAACAAAACCGACCAAACCUCCUCAGACCAAAUCAGAUGAUUCUCUUGUGCCUUGUCAUCUCACCCACCAACCAAUGAGCAGCCAGGAUGUGAGUGUGGGUUUGUAGACAGAGACAACAUGGCCGACACGUGUGACACUCCUGGUGUUUUCACAUAACCAAUCAGAAUCCUUCUGGUCCCUCACAUGGUGGAGGACGGACACCCGAGGGGACGGGUAGGGACGUCCUGUUUCUCCGUCGUCCACUCUCAAUGAGAGUAAAACCGCGAGUGGACUCAGAUGAUCUCGAUCUUUGAUAAGAAGUUGUUCUGUGACUUGAAGUGCUCGUGAGACGUUCAGGCUCUGGUGUUGAGAUGAAACUUUAUUAAAAACAAUGCCUUCAGUCACACAUCGUAAAUAUGAGACCUCAGCACUGCCUCACAUGUUGAAGUUUCUGACCCGGUGUCGUCUUCAUAUCUCGUCUCAUCAUGUCUCAGGUCGUCAUGUGAUCUGGUUCUUUAUCCUAUUUCACAUCAUCACUUGAUCUUAAUUUACUUUUUUAAAAUGUUUUUAUCAGAAUAACUCGUCGUGAGCUAACGCUCGUUUGCUCACCACAGCAGUCGGACCAUAUUUAUUUUCUGACCAAUCAGAUGUUUUAGUGAAAACACGAGUGCCUUGCUCGAGGGUUCGUCCUCUGCUGUUCCUCCCACGUCUCUGAUCCAACUGUGUAUUUAUUAGAUGAUCAAUGUUUCACUGUCAUACCUCUGUUUGUACAAACGCCCCCUGCAGGGCAACACGUGUAAGUACAUUGUGCCAUGUAAACAGGAACAUCAAAACAUCUGGAAGAAAUAAAGUUGAUGUCUCCACUGUGAGAACUUCUU